AAAUUCAAAUUGAGGUAUAUCACUGCUAAGAUAAUCGGAAUCUUGAAGCAUUACAACUGAAAAUGGAAAGUGUUCAAUUGGAAGACAGAAAUGUGAUUAAAUCUGUAAAUAUUUUAUUAAACUUCAACAAUACUUCAAUUUCUGGCUUUGUAAAAAUUCAAAUUGAGGUAUAUCAUCGCUAAGAUAAUCGGAAUCUUGAAGCAUUACAACUGAAAAUGGAAAGUGUUCAAUUGGAAGACGGAAAUGUGACUAAAUAGGUCCUGGUUACCCUUCGAGGAAUAGUGGAAUAAGGGAGGGGAUUCUCUGCUUUAGACCAGUAUCGCCCAUAAUUCAUAAGAACAUUCUUCAGCCUUGCAGAGGUAAGGAAGUAUCUUAAAUGCCUUUGAUCAUUAUAGUAAUUUUAUAAUUUCCGAGCUAGCAAUCAUGAGGGGUGUUAUCUACAUUUUGUAUUGUGUGCCUAAUCUACUGCAUAGUGCAGGAUAUUAUUUGUCAGUGAUGUAAUGACUCUCCUCCCCAGUUUUGUAACAUAUAUUACUGCGGCUCAUGUAUGUUUCUUCAUUUUAUUUCCUGUGUCAAGGUUUACAAAUUCAAGUCGUCAGUCUCAAAUAUCACUGUGGAUACAACCUCAUAUCAAAUGUUACACUAAGUUUGGAGAUGUAGUUUACAUGUUGACUCGUUUCUUUCGAGAUGCUGGAGCUGGUAGCCCUACAAAACUAAAAGUAACACGAGUUGAAGAUCAUGAAACUAUAAAUAGGUCAAAAAGCUCCCAACUUUUGAACAAACUUCACCUUGAAAAGCAUCUUGCUCCCAUGACCACAUCCACGGCUGCAACUUGUUCUUUGGAAUCUAUGGCCUCUUCCUGCCAAGUCAAAGGAGGCAACUUAUCUAACCAGCUAAGGGAAAUACUUCCUGCCAAUCGCUCGUCUUUAAUGUCAGACAAGCUUAUUCAGGAUUCAGCUUUGAAGCGUUCGACUAAUUUGAAACAUUUGGAUAAGAAUUUUUUAACCACUGGACUGAAUAGCACACAAUCUAACAAGCAGAAAAUAGUUAAAUUGACCCCUGAAGUAUCGUUGGAUGAUAAAGAUAAUGAACUGCUAGCACUUUAUGCUUUGAAGAAGCGUAAAUUACUUAUAGAAGGACCGGAUCAGACCCAACUUUAUAAGAAGUCUGAUGGGGAUUCUACUUAUUCAGCAGAACAGAAUUGUCCACAAUUUUCUAGGACUGGUAGCUCUCAGAAUCCUCAAGCUACUUGCAAUGCUGUGGAGGAGAGAGGAUCAGCUUUUCUGGUCCAGGUCCGCGAAAAACUCACUGAUGCAGAAUAUAAAGAAUUUGUGGGCUUUAUGAAGGCGCUAAAAUCUAACGCAAUGAAAAUACGCCAUGUUUUGCAAUCUAUUGCAAAAUUAUUCUCUCUUCCAGACAGGCACUCACUACUGUACGGAUUCAAGGAUUAUGUUCCCGCGAAAUAUAAGUCUUUCUAUGAGCGAUACUUGUUGGCUAAUCAUGAAGCACAAGUACCUGACAACAACGUUCCAAGAGAAUUAUAAUUUGUCUAUCCGUGAUGGAUAAAGUUCAGUUUUAUUGCACUAUUUAUCUGCAAAGGGGAUUCAAGUAGCAUGUGGAUAUAUCCAAACAUGCUCUUAAUUUUCAGUAGAAAAAUGCAUAAAUUGAAGUUAACACCCAUCGUGCAGUGGUCUCUGCAGCCUACCUGGUACUAAAGAUGGAGUUCGAGCUGCCACGGGUGAACGAGCAAGAAUUUGAGAUGCAAAAUUUCAAUUCCGUUCACAAAGCAGAGUUCAGGUAUUGUGCUUAUACGCCCAUCUCUUCAUUGUAAAAGUUAUUUUACAUCGAUAGAAUGUUUUUCAGAUUGUAUCAUUGUUUCAAACAAGAAACAAUAUUAGAUUGUGAUGUAUUUCAUAAAUCCUGUAUAUUAAGCCUAAUUGCCAUUGAAGAGGUUCUUAGCAGUUAUUUCACCCACUUGAAUAAAUUAAGAAAUAGGAACUCUUUUUAA